CUGUGUUUGCGUCACUUCCGGUUUCUGUAGGCGAACUGUGAGAAAUUUCAGAGUUGGGUGCUGUCUACCUCCUGGUCUUCCUCUCGUCCUACAGUCAGUGAUCAUGAAAACGUCCAAAGAAGCCAUCCAGACUGCUGCCAAGGAGUUCCUGAACUUUGUCAACCGUGGUGUGUCCCCCUAUCAUGUGGUGGAAGAGUGCAAGUCUCGUCUGUUGGGUGCAGGCUUCACAGAACUGAAGGAGGCUGACCAUUGGGAUAUUAAGCCUUCCAGCAAGUACUUUGUGACAAGAAACUACUCCACCAUCAUUGCCUUUGCAGUGGGUGGAGGGUACCAUCCAGGCAAUGGAUUCAGCAUGAUUGGGGCACACACUGACAGUCCCUGCCUGAGGGUGAAGCCCCGCUCCAAGAAAACACGCAUGGGCUGCUUGCAGGUCGGGGUGGAGUGUUAUGGUGGUGGCAUCUGGAACACAUGGUUUGACCGGGAUCUGACCAUCGCUGGCCGUGUCAUGGUCAAGAUUGAGGAUCGCCUGGUCCAUCAGCUGGUGCAUGUGCCCCGUCCCCUUCUCAGGAUCCCUCACCUAGCUAUUCAUCUCCAGAGGGACAUCAAUGAUUCCUUUGGGCCCAACAAGGAAAACCACUUAGUACCCAUCCUGGCUACUGCUGUGCAGGAAGAGCUGGAGACCGGGUGCGCCUCUUCGGGAGAUGCAUGCAGUGCUAAGAAUACGGCAGAGAAGCACCAUGCAGCCCUGGUGCAAGUCUUGUGUAAGGAAAUAGGUGUGCAGCCUGAAGCCCUGCUGGAUUUUGAGCUCUGUCUGGCCGACACACAGCCAGCAGUUCUGGGAGGUGUGUAUGAAGAGUUUAUCUUCUCUCCACGUCUGGACAACCUCCACAGCUGCUACUGUGCAUUACAGGCCCUUGUGGAGUCCUGUAGCUCAGGUCAUACCUUGGAAAAAGACCCCAACAUUCGCAUGGUUACGCUGUAUGACAAUGAGGAGGUGGGCUCAGAGAGCGCUCAAGGUGCCAUGUCCAACCUGACGGAGCUGGUCCUGCGACGCCUGGCUGCCUCACCCAGCAACCUGACUGCCUUUGAGGAAGCCGUACCACGCUCCUUCAUGAUCAGUGCAGAUAUGGCACAUGCGCUGCACCCAAAUUACCAGGAAAAACAUGAGGAAAAUCACAGACCUGUAUUCCAUAAGGGUCCUGUCAUCAAAUUCAACAGUAACCAGCGGUACGCCACCACAGCAGUGACAGCUUCCAUUCUGAGAGAAAUCGCUGGCCGGGUGGACGUGCCCGUACAGGAUGUGUUGGUGAGGAAUGACAGCCCAUGUGGAUCCACUAUUGGGCCCAUUCUGGCUGCUCGUCUUGGCAUACCAGUCCUGGACCUGGGCUGCCCUCAGUUGGCCAUGCACUCCAUCAGAGAGAUGUGCUGCACCUCUGGAGUGCUUCAGACCACCCAGCUGUUUAAGGGGUUCUUUGAGCACUUUCCAGCAGUUCGAAAUAUGGUGACUGUGGACUAAGUAGGCAGAAAUUGCAACACACUGCCUCAAUCUGUUUACAAAGCCUUGGCAAGAGCGAGGAGACUCUUGAUUAUCUUAACCGCUCUGUCCUUCACGGAAGCUCCACUCUGUGGAUGUUCAUAGCCCCUAUUUUCAGAAAUGGUUAAUCCUUUUUCCUCCUUGUUCAUGAAAUAUUCAUUUGGUUCAAUGCAAUAAAUAAAGUACAAGAGUGAA